CCUGGUGUGGUCAUCUCCCCGAGUCUUCCCGACGGCGCGCGGGGCUGGUGGCGCUGUUUAAUGACGUAUCAUUGACAGCGUGUGGCGGCCACCCAGGAGGCUGUUGCUUUGGUGAGCUGCCAGGUGCAUCAUGUCUAGCCUGGGGCCUUUGGGCGGCGCUCGCGUUGGGCUGGGACUGUUGCUGGGCACCGCCGCGGGCCUUGGAUUCCUGUGUGCCCUUUACAGCCAGAGGUGGAAACGGACCCAGCGCCCUGGCCAGAGCCAGAAACCGACCAACUCUCUGGACUACACGCAGACUUCAGAGCCUGGACUCCAGGUGAAGCCAUUGCGGGCCAUCCCAAGUGAGGCUGGGGAUGCUGUGGUGCUGCCCAGUCUUCCACGAGGUGGGCAGGAGGAGGUGCUGGAUCGCCUGGACUUUGUGCUGACCAGUCUGGUGGCACUGCAGCGGGAGAUAGAGGAGCUGAGGAGCAGCCUGCAGGGGCUUGCUGGGCAGAUUGUUGGUGAGGUCCGGUCCCAUAUGGAAGAGAACCAGAGAGUGGCUCGGAGGCGAAGGUUCCUGUUUGCCCGGGAGAGGAGUGACUCCACUGGCUCCAGCUCUGUCUACUUCACGGCCACCUCAGGAGCCACGUUCACAGAUGCUGAGAGUGAAGGAGGUUACACCACAGCCAAUGCCGAGUCUGACUAUGAGCGGGACUCUGACCGGGAGAGUGACGAUGGGGAAGAUGAAGUGAGCUGUGAGACUGUGAAACUGAGCAGAAAGGAUUCUCUGGACCUGGAGCUAGAGGCGGCUUCGGGGCUGGUGCCUGGAGCCCUGGAGGCUGGAGACUCCCCUGGCCUGGAGGAUGUGCUGCCCCUCCUGCGGCAGGCAGACGAGCUGCACCAGGGCAGUGAGCAGGGCAAGCGAGAGGGCUUCCAGCUGCUGCUCAACAACAAGCUGGCGUAUGGAAACCGGCAGGAUUUUCUCUGGCGCCUGGCCCGGGCCUAUAGCGACAUGUGUGAGCUCACUGAGGAGGUGACCAAGAAAAAGUCAUAUGCUCUAAAUGGAAAAGAAGCAGCAGAGGCCGCCCUGGAGAAGGGGGAUGAGAAUGCAGAAUGUCACCAGUGGUAUGCAGUGCUUUGUGGUCAGCUGGCUGAGCAUGAGGGCAUCCAGAGGCGCAUCCAGAGUGGCUUUAGCUUCAAGGAGCAUGUGGACAAAGCCAUUGCUCUCCAGCCAGAAAACCCCAUAGCUCACUUUCUCCUUGGCAGGUGGUGCUACCAGGUCUGUCACCUGAGCUGGCUAGAAAAAAAAACUGCUGCAGCCUUAUUUGAAAGCCCUCUUAGUGCCACUGUGGAGGAUGCCCUCCAGAGCUUCCUUAAGGCUGAAGAACUACAGCCAGGAUUUUCCAAAGCAGGACGAGUAUAUAUUUCCAAGUGUUACAGAGAACUAGGAAAAAACUCUGAAGCUAGACAGUGGAUGAAGUUGGCCCUAGACCUGCCAGAUGUCACUAAUGAGGAUUCAGCUUUCCAGAAGGACCUGGAAGAAUUGCAAGUAAUUUUAGGAGAAUAAUCACCUUUCACUGGCCUUUGUGACUUAAGGAGGAAAAAAUCAAGUAUUUUUUUCCCUUAGGCCCUGCUGAGAUCAGGAAACUGAGCAACACUGGUUAAGAGACCGUCGUGACGAGUACCCACUAUUCCCCAAUUUCAUUCCUAUUGUCCACUGGUUAAUUUAUUCUAAUCCCUUACUUAAUCUGAAACUGGGGAAGCACUUGAGGCCUGGGUGUCUAUUCUCUUCCAUAAGCAAAUUCUUACAAAAUCAAGAAAAGUAUAGCACCUGCCCUAGGGUUGAGUACAGGUAGUGUAAUGAGGCUGCCUUGCCCCUGGUGAGGUAGAUGAACUUAAAAGAGCCAUAGGAACAAAACACAGAACUUUUGUACUGUCUAAUCUCUUUCACUGAUGAAUAUACCAAAGUAUACAGGACUAAAACCACCUUCUACCUACCAGGGUAAAAGGAAAGGUCAGGGCAGCCCAUGGAAGUUGCUCUCAUCUAUCAUAUGGAUUCUAACUGUAUUCCUGGGCCCAAGGGGCUGGACCACUUGACUUCCAGAGUCCUGACAACUUGUGGAAUGACAGCAAUGCAAAAAGACUUAUGAGACUGUGAAAUGAUGAUCUAAGGAGCUGGCUGGAAUAUAUUUUGGCACAACCUUGAAAUAAACCAAAUUUGACUGAAAGUGA